AUGGAAGACAUUCUUAUGAGUGGUGCCACAGGAAUCCUAAAAAAGCUGGUGGGUGUUGUUUCCGAAGAUAUUGGUUCAGCUUUGGGGGUCAAAGAUGAUUUGAAGAAGCUUCAAAGUACCUUGGAAAUGAUUCUUGCUGUGAUUGCAGACGCAGAGAAGAGGCAAGGGAAGGAAGAACUUGUAAGACUCUGGCUGAGAAGGCUCAAGGAUAUUGCUUAUGACGCUGAUGACGUGAUUGAUGAGUUCUCCUACGAGAACAUGCGUCGCUGUGAGAAAAAAGACAACUCGAAGCAGAAGGUAUUCAAUCUCACUACAUCUUCUUCAAAACUUCCACUUGCUUUUCGUCUGAAAAUGGGUAAAAAAAUCAAAGAGAUUAACAAAAAAUUAGAUGAAAUUACCAAAGAUAUGGGUAGGUUUCAGUUGGAAUUUACUACACCUAUUCCUGAUGGUGAAAGUACUGACCAACUGGACCGGCAAGACACGUCACAUGUUAAUGAGUCAGAAAUUGUAGGAAGGGAGGAUGAUGAAUCCCGCAUAACAAAACUUUUAAUAACCCAUACCACAUCUUCUUCUUCAUCAUCAUCAACAUCAUCUUUCACCAAUCCUAAUCAAUAUCCUGAACACAUUUCUGUAAUAUCCAUAGUGGGUAUGGGUGGGCUGGGUAAGACAACACUUGCACAGCUCGCUUACAAAAACGAGUUGGUAAACAAAGUGUUUAAGUUAGCAAUGUGGGUCCAUGUCUCAGAAAUUUUUGAUAUUGAAAUCAUCUUAGUAAACAUCAUGGAGUCCAUUACUAAAACCAAGUUCCAUAAGCCUUCAAAUUUUCAUGUAUUAGUAAAUAUAGUUCAAAAACAAUUAAAUGGGAAAAGAUAUUUGCUAGUACUAGACGACUUGUGGAAUGAGGAUUCAGAGCAAUGGAGUAGCCUCAUGUCUGUGUUGCUCGUUGGUGCUCCAGGGAGUAAAAUAUUAAUUACUACACGUAAUGACCAAGUUGCAUCUGUUGUAAGGGGGAGUAUUCCUCCUUACAAUUUGAAACAAUUAGAAGAUGAUGAAUGUUGGUCUAUCAUUCAGACAAAAGCCUUUUCUCCUGGUGGAGCAUUAGAUGCUCCAAAAAUGACAGACAUAGGAAAAGAAAUUGCAAAAAAAUGUUGUGGUUUACCGCUUGCAGCAAAAUUUCUUGGAGGUCUAAUGCGCUUAAAUAAUAAAGAAAGUGAUUGGAUAUCAAUUAAGGACGAUGAUACCUGGAAUACUUCAGAUAGCAAAAGAAAAAUCCUACCGGUAUUAAAACUGAGUUAUAAUUACUUGCCAUCUCACUUGAAACAAUGUUUCUCUUAUUGCUCAAUCUUUCCCAAGAAUUGGGAGAUUAGUAAAGAAACUUUGGUUCAUCUUUGGAUGGCAGAAGGAUUUCUCAAAGAAUCUGGCACAAGAAACAAAAGAUCAAUUGAAGACCAUGGACGUGAUUAUUUCGAAAGUCUUGCGAGGAGCUCCUUUUUUCAUAAUUUCAAGAAGAAUGCAGUGGACGACAUUAAAACAUGCAAGAUGCAUGAUCUUGUGCACGAUCUUGCGCAAGAUGUUUUUGGGGAAAAUGAAAUGUUAUCUCUCAAGGCAAGUAAAUCUGCAGAUGUUUCUAAAGUUUUUCGAUUACGGUUGGAUUUGGAUGAAGAAAUAUCAACAACAUUUUUGAAAAGCUUAAGUUACGCGAAGAAGUUGCGGACACUUUUUAUCCCUGAAGGUUCGAAGCUGGAUCCUUCUAUCUUCUCAGAAAAUAAACGCUUGCGUAUCUUACAUGUGGGUCGCUCACCAGAUCAUACUUAUCCAGGACCAAAGUGGCGUCCUUUGAGUGUGCUAAAACAUUUAAGGUACCUCCGUCUUACCUCUCUUGAUCUUAGUGAAUUAGAAACUGAUAAGUCCAUCAAUAAACUUUAUAAUUUGGAGUCAUUAGUAUUGAAUGACAUGGGUAUUGGUGUUCAAAUUCUUCUUACAAACAUUCAGUCAUUAGAAAAAUUAAGAUAUCUUGAAGUCUCCGAUACGGACAUGGUAGAACUACCCGACUCUGUCACAAGUCUUUAUAAUUUGCAGACAUUAGAUCUCAAUAAUUGCGCAUUAAAAUUCAUUCCUGAUUCGAUUUCUGGUUUGAAAAAUCUAAGAUUCCUAAAUUUGUCAUCCAACCCAAUUGAAGAAUUACCUGUUUCUGUCAUCACCCUUACCAAUUUGGAAGCGUUAAAUGUCAGUUUCUGCAAAAAUCUUAAAGCCUUACCAGAGUAUGUGUCUGGUCUUAAGAAUUUGCGAGGUUUUGAUUUCAGAAUGUGUCCCUUACUUGAAGCAUUACCCGAAGAUUUUGGAAAUUUAUCUCAGUUAAGAUACCUUAACUUAAAUGGUACUCAUAUCAAUGUGUUACCUGAGUCUUGUGCUAACCUCAACAAUCUUGAGUUUAUAGAUCUUUACCAGUGUGAGCUUCCUAGAAAUGUCAAACAUUUGACAAAACUUAGAAAAUUUAUGCACGAUUGGUGUGACCCACCAGCGGUAUUGGGUUUGGGAAAACUAGUUUGCCUUCAAAAGUUGGUUUACUCGGUGCCAGAAACACCAAUUAGUGAACCCGAAUGUAACGUUGGUAUCGAAGAGUUAGGAAACCUAAACUUUCUCGAGAUGCUUCGUAUCGGAAAUCUUCAGAACGUGAAAGAUCCAAUUGCUGCCGACAGAGCAGAUUUAAAAGGAAAACAGAAUCUUCUUAGAUUGUUUCUAAACUUUGGUGAAAAGAGGAAAAAAAUGAAAAUCAACCUGGGUAAUCAUCUUCCAGUAUUUGAAGCUCUCAAACCUCCCACGAGUUUGAGAAGCUUGCAUAUUGAGUACUUCAUGGGGUGUGACCUCCCGGCAUGGAUGUGUGUUCCAAAUGGUCUUGAAAAUUUGGUAGAGUUGAAACUUAUAAAUUGCAAAGGAAUUAAACAACUUCCAGCAUCUAUUGGGAAGCUCCCAUGUCUCGGGCAUCUUGAUCUUACUGGAAUGUCGUCUUUGAAGAGUUUAGAUAUUAGCGGAUUUGCUACGUUAAUAGAUCUUCUUCUUACUGAUAUGUUCCGUCUUGAAGAAUUGAGUUAUUCAUAUCCUUGUCUUCAGUAUCUGAAGAUUCGUGGCUGCAAACGUUUAACAGAAAUCCCUUCGUUUCCUUCUUUAUGGUAUUUGGAAUUAGAAAAGGUCGACCACAAGUUAAUAUGCUCAGUUGGGAGAAGCCAGACAACUCUCACGGAUCUUUGUAUUCAAAAUGGUGAGGAUCUUAUAUACUUCCCAAUAAGCAUACUCCAAAACAAUUGUAAACUUCAAUCUCUGGGAAUUAAAGAGUGCAAUCAGUUGGAAGGCUUCUGUGUAAGUGAUGAUGAUAAUGGGGAGAACAUGGUUGCUCUGUGUGGCCCUGAACUCUACAGUGGCUCUCUUCAGAAAUUGGGUUUAUUCAAUUGCCCACUUCUUAAGUUUCUCCCAAAUUUACGAGGAUGGACUUCUCUUCAAGAAUUAAACAUCUUAGAUUGCCCACAAGUGAAGGAGUCUUUAAACUAUGAUCUCAAAAGUCUCUCCUUUCUUCAAGAACUUGCGGUUGAUUUUAUCUAAAGGGACGAGCAGCGAGGAGAUCCAUCUGUUGUAGAAGACUUGAUUAAUUUGAUGGCUUAAGAGAUUAAUAUAUAGGUGCAUGCAUGGCUAAGGAGAGAUUAAAAUCACACUACCUGUUCUAAUCCAGAUUAGCGUUAAAUAAAGUGAUUAAAUCGAAUGGUUUUUGGAAGCAGCAGAGAUUAAUUAUAAAGCAGAGGACAGUUAUUAAGUUGGAAACGUUGUGUACUGAGCUUAACCUUCUUCAUAUUUGUGAGCACUCUUUCAGCAGUUAGGUUGGAUAUUCUUCGUCCUGAAAAUUUUGGUCCUGGUGCAGACAAUGGAUUUAUGGAACAAUUGGAUCCUGUGGCAGAGAAUUGUUUAAGUCGCACUUUAAUGCUCAAUUGUGGAAGCCCAUAGUUGUUGAUAAACCUACGGCGUUUGUCUUCAGGCAUUGACUUUGAAAGACUACGCGGUGCUAAAGUUACUGCCAGAUUCACAAAUAUGGUCUUCCAUGCCGACAAUAAUCAUCAGCCAUUUUUCCUUGGUGUAGAACUUAUCAAGGUGAGGACUAGUGAGGAGAUCCACCUAUUGGAGGACAGUGUAUUAAUUUGAUGGAGUAGCAGUUUAGGUGUCUGAACGGCUAAGAAGAGGCAAAAAAAGAAGUGAUUAGAUCCUAGUAGUUCUAAUGUAGCCUGCAGCUGCAUGUAGUGGAUUUACAAGAAUACUAUUCAACCAGCGGAGAUGACAAAGCAGAGGCGGCCGUGAUUUGGGUAAAGAGGUGGAUUCCUCUGCCACCUCAACCUCAAGGAUGAAAAUGAAAUGAUCAAGGUCAAGACCAGGCUAGUGAAGAUGCAACAUGAGCAUUCAAUCUUCAACGAAACGAGUGGUGUAGCACCGGUAUCAAUCAAUGAAACUUCCUGUUUUUGCAGUUGCUCCGUGAUUAUGUCUCAACUCAUUGAUUGUUUUUUAACAUAUCUGCCAACGUCAUGUUGGUUGCUAUGGGGAUAAUCAAAACUUAAUAAUGCAGAUUUUUAGGAUAGAGAUUUAGCUCAGAAAAAUAUUUGGCAUUAUAGAUUAGAAUUAUGUGGAUAUUCCAAAAGGAAUCUCUUACGUUCAUAGAAAUGUCUCGGAUAAGAAAAUGCUGAAAUAGACUAGAUGAGAUUUUAAACCCACAGAUUGUUCAAGGGGUUGAAUGGAUGACAAAAGACUUGUAUGUAUAUCUUUGAAUUAUUGCUGGGAAGUAAACAACGGUUGU